AUAUGAGUAUCAAAACUAAUUAUCCGAUUGAGUCAAUUAGGGAUUUAGCUGUGAAUAAUUACCCGACGCACUAUUCCUAUUCCCAAUUCUUGCUUCUCUUCUAGUUGUAGCCCAGCACCCGUCGCAAUCCACCACCACCCACCUCUUCCAGUUUCGCGCCGUCCAUUUAUACGCCCAGUUGGAUGGUUAUUGUUAGUGGAUAUGACGGUUGCUCAUGCGACGGCGGCAAUGGAAGAUAACCGAUCAGCGCCAUCGACGGCUAGGGUUCAGCCGUCAGCCUCGAAGUUCAAGCGCUGGGGCAGGCGAUCACCAUUUCUGAGAUAUGGUCUUCCGAUGAUCUCACUCACUGUUAUUGGAGCACUGGGACUCGGUCAUCUACUUCAAGGGAGCAAGGACAUUGCUAAAGUGAGGGAUGACCAAGAAUGGGAAAUUAUUGAGACAAGAAAAGCACUAUCACGAACCGGACCUCUUAAUGCUUACAACCCUAAAAAGACAUCGCUGGAGGAAGAGCUGAAGGCUUUGCAACAAAUGGUUGACAUAGAUAAUUAUGAAUACAAGAAAAUUCCAAGUUGCGGUACUCGUACAUACCUUUAGCCAUACUCGAAUAAUAACAUUGUGGGUGAACCCUAGCACAGACGAUCGUGAAGCGGUGGUUGCAGAAUUAGAGGAAUUAGGGAUUUUGCUAAGGAAGAUGAAGUGACUAACCUAAAAAUGUUAUAUACUCCUAUAUUUGAAACGUUUCAGUGAGUAAUUGUUAUGCAUUAAAUUUUUCU